AUGGGAGAGAGAGAUAUCGUCACCACACUAGUCUUCUCUUGUGCGCCCCAGCAGUCUUCUUCUUCCCGGCCCAAGGCUCAGGAGUUCAGUACGGUGCCAUCGGUGCGACGACACCCCGGCGAGAUGUCUUGGCUGAGGUUGGGCUGGCCGGCGACCCCGGAGGGGCUGCUGAGAGGCUCUGGGUUCGGACACAGCGGCCACGGUGACGAAGAGCGUCUUGGGCUGGCGCAGCGAGAUGAGCUCAGCCAUACUUAUGGAGAUGAAGGAGAAGUGUCUGCAGAGCGUGGUGCGCAAGACCCACCUGGAACGCCACCAAGCAUCUGUCCCAGAAUCACCACCUGGGAGGCGGGUUGGAAUGUGACAAACGCCAUACAGGGUAUCUUUGUUCUCGGGCUGCCCUAUGCGCUGCUGCAGAGCGGCUACCUGGGCCUGCUGCUCCUUGUGCUGGCCGCCGUCAUCUGCAGCUACACCGGCAAGAUCCUGAUCUCGUGUCUCUACGAGGAGGACGAAGAGGGGCGGCUCAUCCGCGUGAGGAACAGCUACGAGGACGUGGCCAACGCCUGCUGCGCGGGGCUCUGUCCCCGGCUGGGUGGAGUGGUCGUCAACGCGGCCCAGGUGGUGGAGCUGUCCAUGACCUGUGUCCUCUACCUGGUGGUCAGCAGUAACCUUGUGUCCCACAGCUUCCUGGGCCCCCCGCUGCCUUUGGCUGCCUGGUCCAUGGCCAGCGUCCUGCCUCUGGUGCCAUGCGUGCUGAUCCGUGACCUGCGCGUAGUCUCCAGGCUCAGCCUGCUCUGCUCUCUCGCACAGUUCCUCAUCACCUUCACGGUUGUCGCCUGUUGCCUGACGCAGGCGCACCGCUGGUGCUGGAGGAGAAUGGCCAUCUCUGUAGACUUUGAGAAAUUACUGGUGUCCAUCGGGGUUAUUAUCUUCAGCUACACCUCCCAGGUCUUCCUGCCCACCCUUGAGGGCAGCAUGGAGGAGCGAGGGAACUUCUCCAGCAUGAUGACUUGGACGCACGUCCUUGCCUGCGUUUUCAAGACCGCCUUCUCCAUGCUGGCCUUCCUCACGUGGGGCGAGGACACUAAGGAGGUCAUCACGGACAAUCUGCCCGCUGCGUUGCGCACGGUGGUCAACCUCUGCUUGCUUGCCAAAGCCCUCCUCUCCUACCCGCUGCCCUUCUACGCAGCGGCCGAGGUCCUCCAAGGCUGCGUUUCCAAGUGGGGCGCGGAUUCCACCCGGAGGGCGGGGACGGCACUGGCACUGCGGGGCUGCCUUCUCCUGCUCACCUUCCUCAUUGCCACGUUCGUCCCUCAUUUCUCACUGCUCAUGGGGCUCACGGGGAGCGUCACCGGUGCUGCCAUGACCUUCCUGCUGCCCUCGCUCUUCCACCUGCAGCUCAAGUGGAGCAAGCUGAGCAGGAAGCUCAAGAUCUUUGACGUCCUAAUCGUAGUGCUCGGCUCCCUCUGUAGUUUAUCCGGGAUCGUUUGCUCUGUUAAAGGGUUGAUUGAGGCCUUUGGGAGAAAACAGACAUAA